AUGUUUGGCGGCGGAGAGCAACGACUUUCUAAGGAGGAGAUCGAGGCCGGUGAGAUCGAAGCGCAACAGACCGUUCGAUUUGCAGUUGCUACUGGCAUUCUCCUUUACCUCUCGCCUUUCGCUGUUGACUUCGUGAAGAAGUUCCUGUGA